CAGCGCAUUCCAACCGGAGAGACAUUGAUCGAGGCUUUAAAAUUUUGAGAAGAUUUCAAGCCGAAAUACACGCUUAAUCCAAUUUGUAACGGUGCUGCCGAGGAGCAAUGUCUUACUACGAUCGUGAUCGUUAUUCAAGGUCUGACCGAGACCGUGAUAGCUACAGAGAUCGAGACCGAGGAAGAAGGGAUGACGACAGAGCACCCUUGGACUGUAAAGUCUAUGUAGGAGAUCUGCCCAGAAAUUGUACCGAGCGAGAUAUCGAGGACGAAUUUGGUACAUGCGGUCGCCUGAAGAAUGUCUGGGUCGCAAGAAAUCCAUCUGGGUUUGCGUUCGUUGAGUAUGAGGACCCGAGGGAUGCAGAAGAUGCUGUGAGACGGUUAGAUGGAGUCUCGAUGAAAGGCAAUAGGAUUCGUGUUGAGCACUCGACUGGUAAAGUUAGACCAAAGCCUUGGAUGAGGCGGGGGCCACCAAGAUCAAGAAAACCAUUCCACCCCGAUGAUAAGUGCUUUGAAUGCCACGGUCGUGGACACUAUGCUUACGAUUGUCCAAAUGCUGGAAGGAGAUCAAGGUAUUCCAGGUCACGUUCCAGGUCAUCAUCUCGAGGUGGAGGACGCAGCAGGCGUAGGUACUCGAGGAGCCGCAGCAGGUCCAGGAGUAGGAGUUAUAGUAGAUCGCGAUCUAGGUCGAAUGACCGCCACUCUAAGAGGAGGUCUCGUUCCAGGUCACGCAGUCACCACAGCAGGAAAUCACGAUCUCCGAGUCGGCACAGUAGUCCGGGCAAAGAUGACGACAGGAAAAAUGGAGACCAUUAGGAAAUCAUCCUGACGUGCACCCAGAAUAUCACUUGCUUAAGACUUUGCAUUUUACAUCCAAAUGGACUAUGAUCUUAUUACUUACACGAUAUUUAGCAACGUUGUCUGGCGUGGCUGUUAGAAAUUUGCCCAUUACUCCUUCAAACAUAAUAUGACUAUCAGAAGCAUACAUGUGUAUUGGUGUUGAUAAUGGAGUGGAUAUUAAUGCUUACUGGUGUUUUAGAUAAUGAUGUGUUAACUCCAGCAAUUGAACAAACAAAUUUUCUGUUGUGCAUUUUGUAUUUGAUGUGAAUGGAAGUCCAAAACCUUUUUAUUUGUUUUUAUGUGCAUGAGGUGAGAAGUUGAUUCUUGUAUUGAGAGAUUAUGAAAGAAUGCUCUUCAGUGUUUUAUUUAUAUUGAUUUUCAUGACCGAGAAGAGUGACCACAGAUAUAAGCUACUUGUUAGAUAUUCUAUUGAAAAUAAAGUGCAUAAAGACAAGCAGCACCUUGCACUAUUGAAGGUUGUAUAGGUUUGGUUCAAAUAUUUUAAAACAAUAAUCGGAAUUUUCCUGUACAUAUUUGAAAACACGUCUCAGAAAUUCUGCUUCACGAUAGGAGCUCCUUCAUACUUCCUCACCUCGCUCAGUAAAAACACUUAGUAACUUUAUGUACUGUAACUUGUGGUAUGUGUAGUUGUGCGUUAUGGGAAUCAUUUGUAAAAGAAAAUAAAGUUUUUAUCAAAUUGC